AAAUUAUCUAGAAAAAUACAAGAUCGCCUUAUCUAUUCGGAGAAAUAGCAGCAAUCUAUCCAUUGCGAUUUUUUUAUCAUGGAUGCCAACAACACCACCGGAGCUGAUCCCACCAACAACUCCAUGUACAAGCAGUCCAUGCCGAUCAUGUACCUGCUGGCAGUCGCCUACGGGCUGGUCUUCCUCCUGUGCAUUAUGGGUAACGUCUUGGUGUGCGUGGUGGUGGCCAAGAACAAGAGCAUGCGCACUGUGACCAAUUAUUUCAUCGUGAACUUGGCCGUGAGUGACCUCCUGGUGGGCGUGGUGUGCAUCCCCGUCACCCUGGUGGACAACCUCACCAUCGGUUGGAUGUUCGGGGCGGUGAUGUGCAAGCUGACUCCUAUCGUCCAGGGCAUUUCACUCGCCGCAUCUAUCCUAACCCUAGUGGCCAUCGCUGUAGACAGAUACCUGGCUGUGAUCACACCGACGGAAGGAAAGCUGACCAACAUGCGCACCUUCGUCAUCAUCGUCGUCAUCUGGCUGUCGGGAAUGGCCAUGAUUUUCCCCCUGGCGUUUGUCAUGCAUUACGACCCCGAGAAGCACUUCUGUAAGGAGGAUUGGGCAGGCGACGGGCUGAGAAACUACACCCUCUCGAUCUUCGUCCUGUGCUACGUUGCCCCGCUCACGGCCAUCACCGUGAUGUACAUCCGUGUGGCCGUCCGUCUGUACCAGUCCACCAUGCGGUCCAGCGUGCAGGGCGCCACCAGGAGCGGGAUCGGGCCGAAACGGGCCAAGCUCGGGAACAAGGUACGCGUGUUCAAGAUGCUGGUGGUGGUUGUGGUCCUGUUCACCCUCCUGCACCUGCCCCUGCACACCGUCCAGAUGCUGGCGGACUACGGCAACCUGGAGAGGGAGGACCUGCGCCGGCUGUACUUUUACGCCUUCCCGGCGGCACACUGGCUCACGUUCUUCAACAGCUGCGUCAACCCCAUCGUGUACGGCUGCAUGAACAGGAACUUCCGCUCGGGGUUCGCCGCGACUUUUCCCAACGCAGCGAACAAGAUCUUCAACCACGACUUCCUGCACCUGUCCAACAUCUCCAACCUCUUCGGAAAACGGACGAACGAGCUGAAACACUCGAACGAGGAGAGCCAGAAGAGCGACAAGGGCCCGAUCAACAGACAGGAGUCCGCUGAGAUGGAGGUGAUGGGCAACGAGGUCACCAAGACGCAGAACGGAACAGCUCUGACGACUAUGGGCUACGCCACUUGGGUUAGCCAGUUGUAAAUUUAACAGGACAUUGAUCAAGGAAAACAGCAGCCAACACACAACCCUCGCCACCUCAAGCUCACCUUUUCGACCACGUGAACAAUGGCUGC